CGACCCUCCCAGGUCUACCAAAAGACCAAUCAGAGGAACCACCACGACCCUCCCAGGUCUACCAAAAGACCAAUCAGAGGAACUACCACGACCCGCCCAGGUCUACCAAAAGACCAAUCAGAGGAACCACCACGACCCUCCCAGGUCUACCAAAAGACCAAUCAAAGGAACCACCACGGCGACAGGGCGCGCCUAAAUGAUAAGGUCCUGGAAGUACCUACUUUCAAAAUGAAAGAACCUAGAGUAAUAUCCAUCAUGUUGCUUAAUGUGUGUAUUCUAUCAGGUAAAAGUCAAGAAAAUCUAGACCUAGAUGGUAUUCUUCCGGAAAACCCUAGAGAUUACGACCGACUCCAACCUCCAAAAGAAAAUGGGGAAUCAACUAUUGUGAGGUUCCACAUAACUGUUCUGAGCUUGGACACGGUGGAUGAGGAAUCAAUGACCUACGUUGCGGACAUCUUCCUGUCUCAAAGCUGGAAGGAUCACAGACUUCGACUUCCAGAAAACAUGACCAGCUAUUAUCGUCUUCUACCCGUCAGCUGGUUGAAACGUAUGUGGAGACCGGACUCUUUCUUCAAGAAUGCCAAGAAGGUCACGUUUCAGGAGAUGACCAUUCCCAAUCACUAUAUUUGGUUGUACUACGAUAAAACUAUUCUUUAUAUGGUGAAGUAG